GACCGGAGACCCCUCACUGAUUUCAUCCAUCCCUAUCUAUCUACUCUUUGGCCUCUGGGGUUGCUGUUUUCUUCCGUUGAUACCUAUGGUGUGUGAUUUUCAGGCGCUUCUCCUGGUCUUUAUACUUCUUCCUCGCUUCCCCCAUCUUCCAUUUACGACGCUAUCUUGGCGGAGUAUUAUAUAUUUCUAGUCUCUCAUAAGCCAUCCUCGCCACCCACGGUUGAUACGCCGUAGCUGAGAAGGCGCGUUAAUCGGGCAGCGCACCAAACCGGUAAGAAACGUGAGCAUGAAUAAUGUCGACAUCGGGCGAUGUGGUAAGCGCAUCGUACAGUAUCUAUGGGAUCCCGAGCCUCAGAACGACGAGGAGCCAGAUGCCAUGAUAUGGUGUCUAGGAACAACAUAUCCACCCGGCCAGGAAUAUAUCUUGCCACAGCCGAAGUCCAAUUUGGACAGGCCGAACCAGCCCAAGUCGGCACCCCAAGACACGACGUAUGGCUGGCCUGAGGGGUUCUUACUAGACUUCGAGUCGAGGAUUUGGAUGACUUACCGAUCGAACUUCCCCCCCAUACCCAAAAUCGAUAGCCCCGAUGCUAGACCCGGGAUGACGCUGUCUGUACGCUUGAGAAGCCAGCUGAUGGAACCGGAGGGUUUCACCUCGGAUACGGGAUGGGGCUGCAUGAUCAGAUCCGGUCAGAGCCUCCUGGCCAAUGCUCUAUCAAUCUUGCAUCUGGGCCGUGAAUGGCGACGAGGACACAAAACCGACCAAGUUCAACUGCUGAAGCUAUUUGCUGAUCAUCCGGAUGCUCCAUUAUCAAUACAUCGAUUUGUCGAACACGGCGCACAAGCUUGCGGCAAAUACCCCGGGCAAUGGUUUGGGCCCUCGGCAACCGCCAAAUGCAUAGAAUUCCUGUCUGCCCAGUGUGAAGGUUUAAAGCUGAAGGUCUAUGUCAGCAACGAAAGCUCUGACAUCCACGAAGAUAGCCUCAUGAAAGUUGCCCGGGAUGUUUCAGGUGCUUUCCAACCCACGCUGAUACUCAUGGGAACGAGGCUCGGAAUCGACCACAUCACGCCAAUUUAUUGGGACGCCCUCAGAACCUCAUUGCAACUCCCCCAAUCAGUGGGAAUAGCAGGCGGGCGCCCAGCAGCAUCCCACUAUUUCGUUGGCGUUCAAGGCUCAAAUUUCUUUUACCUUGACCCUCACAGCACUCGCCCUGCUGUACCGCACCAUGAAGAGAACGUGCCAUACUCAAAGGACGAGAUAGCUACCUACCACUGCCGUAGACUGCGACGGAUUCAUGUCACGGACAUGGACCCAAGCAUGCUCAUAGGCUUCCUGAUCAAGAACGAGGAGGAUUGGGUGAACCUGAAGAAUCGCGUCGCAUCGGUGCAGGGAAAACCAAUCGUCCGUGUUAUCGCAGGAUUAAAACCCGAUAUUUAUCACGGAAGACAAGAAGCGCUCGACGAAGUAGAGUCACUGGAUGAUGCUGAAUAGAAGCCGAAGAAUGCAGACAUGCGCGAAACAGGAUCACUUGACUGUGGUUUUAGAUGUGUUAGAGUACCAAAUGAGCUCAUACCUGCACAAGGAACCUUUGUUUUUUUU